GACUUAGUUUAGACACGGGACCGGGGCGAGCAGUGUUUAUUGUUGGCAGUGUCUUCUAAAUUACCAAUGUAGCAAAAUUUUUCAAAUAAUCAGGCCUAUACUAAAAAGUUAACCAAAAUUAUUUUUUGAUUUUUUAGAUAAGUCUCAAUAACUUUUCAAGUAAAAUUAACAAGAAAACAAACGAAAUAAAAUAAAACAGUAAAAAUAAAAGUGAAUUUAAAAAAAUAUUUCCUGGGCCCCAAAUUGGAAUUGAGAAGACAGAAAUAACGGGUUUUAUGCACAUUUCAAUUGCACCGUGCGCGGUAGAAGUAAGGCGGUACGUCGAAGCAGAGUAUUGAGUGCCCGGCGAAGCUGUACUUAGGCACUUGGACAACACGACACUUCUGUUGCUACUACAGCUGCUGCUGCAAUCAUGUCAAGCGAGGAGAUGCUAUACGCAAAGGGUUCCAAGAUUUGGAUACCCCAUGCGGAACAGGUGUGGGAGAGUGCCACAUUGGAGGAGAGCUAUCGCAAGGGUGACAAUAUAUUGAAAAUUCAAACCGAAUCGGGUGCUUUGAGCCAGAUUAACUUGAAACCAGAUGGCAGUAACUUACCUCCGCUGCGUAAUCCAGCCAUUCUCGUGGGCCAAAACGACCUAACCACUCUAUCGUAUCUGCAUGAGCCCGGUGUGCUAUACAAUUUACGUGUACGCUUUUGCGAGCGUCAAAUAAUUUAUACCUAUUGUGGCAUCAUUCUGGUUGCUAUCAAUCCGUACGCGGAUCUACCACUAUAUGGCCCGAAUAUUAUACGGGCCUAUCGCGGACAUGCCAUGGGCGACCUGGAGCCGCACAUCUUUGCCCUAGCGGAGGAGGCGUACACCAAGCUGGAGCGUGAGAAUUGUAAUCUGAGCAUCAUUGUUAGCGGCGAAUCGGGCGCGGGCAAGACGGUGUCUGCAAAGUAUGCAAUGCGCUACUUUGCUGCCGUCGGUGGGUCCGAAUCGGAGACACAGGUCGAGCGCAAGGUGCUGGCAUCUUCACCGAUCAUGGAGGCCUUUGGCAACGCCAAAACAACUCGCAAUGACAAUAGCUCCCGUUUCGGCAAGUUCACCAAGUUGCUAUUCACCAACCAGAUGGGCGUCAUGUAUCUCCAGGGGGCCACCAUGCACACCUACCUGCUGGAGAAGUCUCGUGUGGUGUAUCAGGCGCAGGGCGAGCGCAAUUAUCAUAUAUUCUAUCAGCUUUGUGCCGCGCGUGCCAAAUAUCCAGAACUAGUCCUGGAGCAUCAGGAUAAUUAUCAGUUCUUAAACAUGGGCGGCUCGCCAGACAUUGAACGCAUCUCUGAUGCCGAUCAGUUUAACGAGACCGUCCAAGCAAUGACUGUGUUGGGCUUCUCAAUACAACAAAUCGCUGACAUAGUAAAGAUUUUGGCUGGCAUCCUACAUCUGGGCAACAUGGAGGUGUCCAAAAAGUACAAGGAAGGCAGCGAUGAGGAAGACACCGAUUCUUGUGAUAUAUUUCAAAACGAUCUGCAUUUGCAAGUAACUGGCGAUCUAUUAAAGAUAAAUGCUGAUGAUUUGCGUCGCUGGCUAUUGAUGCGUAAGAUAGAGUCGGUUAAUGAAUAUGUGCUGAUACCGAAUAACAAAGAGAUGGCGCUGGCAGCGCGAGAUGCGCUGGCCAAGCACAUAUAUGCGAAGCUAUUCCAGUAUAUAGUCAAUGUGCUGAAUAAGAACUUGCAUAACGGUAGCAAACAGUGCAGCUUCAUUGGCGUCCUCGAUAUCUACGGCUUCGAAACGUUCGAAGUGAACUCGUUUGAACAGUUUUGCAUAAACUAUGCGAACGAAAAGCUCCAGCAGCAAUUCAACCAGCAUGUCUUCAAGCUGGAACAGGAGGAGUACCUCAAAGAAGGUAUUACCUGGACCAUGAUCGAUUUCUAUGACAACCAGCCCUGCAUUGAUCUUAUUGAAUUUCGUUUGGGUGUGCUAGAUCUGCUCGACGAGGAGUGCAGAAUGCCCAAAGGUUCAGAUGAGAGCUGGGCGGUUAAGCUUGUAGAGAAAUGCAACAAAUUUCCACACUUUGAGAAGCCGCGCUUUGGCACCACAAGUUUCUUUAUUAAACACUUUUCGGACACGGUUGAGUACGAUGUGAAUGGCUUUCUGGAGAAGAAUCGCGAUACGGUGUCCAAGGAGCUGACCAAUGUGCUGGCACAGUCAAACAUGUUGCUAUGCAAACAAGUGAUGAACCUCGAAGAGGUGGACACUCUUGGCACGGAUACUAAUAAGAUUGCAACCACCUUAGGUGGGCGCGUUGUAAUUAGUGCUAAUCGUAAACAGCAACUCAACGAGACACGUCGAAGAGUGGUGCCGUCCAAACAGCAUAAGAAAACUGUUGGCUCACAGUUUCAGGAGAGUCUGGCCUCACUCAUCUCAACGUUACAUUCCACAACGCCGCACUAUGUGCGCUGCAUUAAGCCCAACGAUGACAAGAUUGCUUUUAAAUGGGAGACCGCGAAGAUUAUACAACAGUUGCGAGCCUGUGGAGUUCUGGAAACUGUGCGCAUUUCAGCUGCUGGCUUUCCAUCUCGCUGGCUUUAUCCCGAUUUCUAUAUGCGUUAUCAGCUGCUGGCACAUCGCAGCCAAAUUGAUAAGAAUGAUAUGAAGCAAUCGUGCCGUAACAUUGUGCUCAAGUGGAUACAGGACGAGGACAAAUACCGUUUUGGCAAUACCCAGAUCUUCUUUAGAGCCGGCCAGGUGGCCUAUUUGGAGCAGGUGCGCGCCAAUCUUCGCAAGAAAUACAUCACUAUCGUGCAAUCGGUGGUGCGACGCUUUAUUAAGCGCCGCCGCUACGUCAAACUUCAAACCGUCAUCUUCGGCAUACAGCGUCAUGCACGUGGCUAUAUGGCCAGAUUGCGUGCCCAGAAAUUAAGAGAGGCGCGCGCUGCGCUGAUAUUAUCCAAGUAUGCACGUGGCUGGCUAUGCCGUCGUCGCUACUUACGUCUGUGCCACUCGGUUGCCGGCAUACAGCAAUAUGCAAGAGGCAUGCUGGCACGCAAUCGAUUCUAUGCCAUGCGGGACUACUUCCGAGCUGUGCAAAUCCAACGCUUUGUGCGUGGCGUUCUAGCACGUCGCGCUUAUCAGAAACGCCGGCGUAGCAUCAUUAUUUGUCAGGCUGCUGUAAGGCGCUUUUUGGCCCGCCGCAAGUUCAAGCGCAUGAAGGCCGAGGCAAAGACCAUUUCCCAUAUGGAGAAUAAGUACAUGGGAUUGGAGAACAAGAUCAUCUCCAUGCAGCAACGCAUCGACGAACUCAAUCGGGACAACAGCGCCCUAAAGCACAAGACCAGCGAGAUAAGCGUUCUAAAAAUGAAACUGGAAAUGAAAAAGAACUUGGAACAUGAGUUCAAGAAUAUUAAGGCUGCUUGUCUGGAUAAGGACAAGCUGAUUGAGGCGUUAAAUAAGCAGCUGGAAUCGGAGCGCGAUGAGAAAAUGCAAUUGCUGGAGGAGAACGGUCAUUCCCAGGAGGAAUGGAACCAGCAGAAGCAAGUGUGGUGCGCGGAAAACACUGAGUUGCGCAAGCAGGUGGACUCCAUGAUUGAAAUGGCAAAGAGUGCUGAGGGCAGUCAGCGAGAGCACGAGGAGCUCAUGCUAACCGAGAUAGACAACAAAGAGCUCAACGAAGCCUAUCAGCGCGCCAUCAAGGACAAGGAGGUGAUCGAGAACGAGAACUAUCAGCUGAAGGAGGAGCUCAGUCAAUUUCAGCAGCAACAGAAUGGCAUCGGCGCCUUUAACAUGCAUCACACACGCACCGCCAGCAAUGCAUCCAGUCAGAACGAGGAUGAUGUGGGUUACGGCUCUGCUAAAAAUACGCUAGACAUAAACAGGUUUCCUGAUAUGAGGAAUAAGAACGACUCCUUCCUGGACAAUACUAGCAUUGUGGUCAAGCUGCGCGCGAUACUUGAGGAAGAGAAACAGAAGCACAGGAGCUUGCAGGAGCAAUAUGUUAAGCUGGCUAGUCGCAAUAAGCCCACAGAGGAUUCUUUCCGCGUGUCCGAGCUUGAGGUAGAGAACGAGAAGCUGCGCAGCGACUACGAUCAGCUGCGAACGAGCAUUAAACACGGUGUUGAGAUCAACGAGCUGAAUGCUCAACAUGCUGCCCUCCAAGAGGAAGUGCGUAGGCGGCGAGAGGAAUGCAUCCAAUUAAAGGCUGUACUGCUGCAGCAGAGCCAAACGUUGCGUUCCAUUGAGCCGGAGAGCUUGCAACUUCGCGGCAACGAUGCCAGCAAUGUGCAUGAGCUAAUGGAGGCAUUCCAUUCACAAAAGCUAGUGAACAGGCAAUUGGAAUCGGAGCUUAAAGCCAUAACCGAGGAACACAAUAGCAAACUAAUAGAAAUGACACAGGCCAUUGAGCGCUUGAAUAACGAAAAGGAUGAAAUGCAGGAAGUGCUUUUCAAGAGCAUAGACGAGUUCGAUCAUGAAAAUAUUGACACGCUGAAGCAGAACGAUCGUUAUUUGCGCCUGGAGCUGAAGAAAGCCAUAACUCAAUAUCUGCUGGUUCAGGAUGAGCUGAAGCUGGCCAAUGCCAAGCUAAAGGCCUACAGGCAGGAUGGCGGCAAGCUGGAGAAUCAGCUAGAGGAGGAAAUGAGCCGCAACAAGACAGCGAAUAAUACUACCAGCAACGAUGUCGGUGCAACUGUGACCAAGCAAAAGUCUCAAAAUCCGCUCGGCCUUAUGAAAUUCCACAACAGCGAUCUGGACAAGAUACUGCAGCGCCUACUUAGCAGUCUAACGCCACGUACUGUGGUUGGCCUACUACCUGGCUUCCCUGCAUAUCUUAUCUUUAUGUGUAUUCGCUAUACUGACCUGACCAAUGCCGAUGAUGAUGUGCGCGAGCUGCUGAGCAAAUUUGUGAUGCAAAUUAAGAAAAUGCAUAGAACUCCACAUCCCAUUGAGAAUCGCGUAAUUUGGCUAGUCAAUUCUAUAACACUACUGAACCUAUUAAAACAAUACGGCGAUAUUGAAGAAUACGUUAAGUUUAAUUCGGAGAAACAGAACCAACAGCAAUUGAAGAACUUCAAUCUCUUCGAAUAUCGUCGCGUUAUUCUUGACCUAAUUGUGAAUUUGUAUCAAGCGCUUGUCAUGCAGAUACAGGGUCUGCUAGAUCCCAAAAUUGUUCCGGCCAUAUUAAACAACGAUGAGAUUCAACGCACCCGUCAUCCGCAUGGAAUGCGGAAUCGAAAUAUGGACGCUUCAUCACCCGCUCAUGGAAAUGUGCCAGCUUGGAAACAGCUAAUUGGACAACUCGAGCACUUCUACAAACAAUUUCAACACUUCGGACUGGACAACAUCUACGCUGAGCAGAUCUUCAGCCAACUUCUGUACUUUGUCUGUGCAGUUGCUCUGAAUUGCUUAAUGUUGCGAGGCGACAUCUGCAUGUGGGAGACUGGCAUGAUAAUAAGAUAUAAUCUGGGCUGCAUUGAGGAUUGGGUGCGCGACAAGAAGAUGUCGAAUGAUGUGCUUGCUCCAUUAGCACCGUUGAAUCAAGUUUCUCAGCUGCUGCAAUCGCGCAAGAGCGAGGAGGAUGUGCAAACUAUUUGCGACCUUUGUACAUCACUGAAUACCGCCCAGGUGCUAAAGGUCAUGAAGUCAUACAAACUGGAUGAUUAUGAAAGCGAAAUUACUAAUGUAUUUUUGGAUAAAUUGACACAAAUACUUAAUGAACGCAAAAUGGCUGAGAGCGAUGAAUUUACAAUGGACCAAAACUUUAUACAUCCCUUUAAGGUUAUGUUCAAGUAUAGCGACAUCAAAUUGGAGGAGAUCGAGUUGCCACCACACUUAAAUCUCGAUGAAUUCCUCACGAAAAUAUAAAUUAAGUGCGGCAGUCCGUGUAACAUUUUUUGUUCGUUUGCCAUUUUGACGUGAAUUCAGCUUGUUUUGUAUUAUAUUAUAUUAUUUAAGAGUGAAGAAGUUAAGUGUUGUCAGCUUGAUAGGCCGUAAUUUGUAGUUCCUGUUUAGUUUAAAGCCAAAUUCAUAUUAUUUUACAUUCUAUCACUUUCGCUUCAUACCGCCAGACCCAAUCCAUGCCUUUAUAUAGAAAUUUAUUAUAAUCCCUUUUAUAUAGAUUUUUGAAACAUGUUAUGAAAGGGAUCUCAGUCAACGGAAUAUAACAAAGUAUAUAAGAAAAUGUAUGUACAUCAUGUGGUUGGAGUUAAACUCCG